AUGAGUGAAAACAUAACGUCUGAGCCUCAAACCUCGUGCAGUUCACCUCCAAGAAAAGAAGAACGACAGUCAACACCUGACAUUUUGAUAUCUGAGAGCGAUGAAAGGUUUUUUCAGUCUUUAUAUGAGUUUAUUGAACACGAGAAGCAGUACCUGCAGUGUCCGGCAGAGGGCGCGGACGAGCUGCGAUAUAUCAUCUACCGCUCCACGUUUAAUAAGGUGAUCACUCGAGCAACGGCCUAUAAGAGACUCCUGAUGAACAUCAAGGCAGAGUAUGAUGAUGUCAUCAGGGCGUUAAAACAGAGGGAGGAUGAGACGAGGGCGGCUCAGCGAGCUCUGGCGGCUACGACGUCGCACCCAAAAUCACUGUCGACCUGCCAGAAUCAAGCAGCCAUGCUGAGGGAGAGAGUUUCUGUCCUUCAGAGAGAAACUGCAGAACUUAAAGAAGAGAUAAAGAGACAGAAAUCAUCUAAAGAGCAGAGCACAUGGAUCCCAGGUUUGAUGGUGGCAGAAUCGGAGGAUCCUGAGAUUCUGGAAAGACAUCUGAAGCACCUCGAGGCCCAGAAAGCGUCUCUGUUGGACAGGAAGAGUCACUGUGUCUCUGUGGAGGUCAAAGAUGAGCUGGAUGCAGAGCUGCAGGCCGCCGAGCGCCACAGAGACCAGAUGAACGCCGAGAACCAGCAACUGAGAGUCCUGUAUCAGCGUCUGAGGUUUGUGUUUGACUGUCUGUCCAGCUGGGAGGAGAAACAGCAGCAGGUUCCUCUGGAGGAACUGUUGGGUUCCACACUGGAGAACAUCAGACAGACCAGCGUGACGGACGAUGACGGCCGCAGCAUUGACGCUGAGCUGUUUGAGGACGAAGAACCGACAGGAGUCAACGAGUCCAAGCUGCUGACAGAUUACCUGGACAGGUUUAUCGAGCUCUUUGAUUCGGCUCAGUACGAGGACGCUGCUCUCCACGCUGCCAGAUCUCCUCGAGGAGUCCUGAGGAACCUCGACACCAUGCAGAUGUUCAAAGGUGUGCAGGGGCCCCCAGGCUCGGCCCCCCCUCUCCUCCUCUUCUUCCGGGCGCUGCUGCUCACCGUCUCCGCCGGUGACGAGUUGUCGGCGCCUCUCUCUCUGCAGAUGGUCGUCGGCUCCCUGCAGCACGACGCCUUGCAGCUCGUCAUCCAUGCCGUCACUCAGAAGAAACUGACAUUCACUGAGGAGCUAGGCGACGUCCUGACUGAUCAUGCUCAGAAGACACCCCGGGAGGCCGACUUAUGUCUGACGUUGGCCGCUGUCGUCUACGAAGGCUGCGGGCUGGACAGUAAGACUGCACUGAACAUGUGCAGGAGAGGCCUGAUCCACAAUGCCGCCGAGUUCAUGAAGCACAGCCGGGACCUCACAGAUGAGGACUGUAUCUGGGUUCUGUGCCGCUCUUCCAGCCUCUCCCUCCUCCAGCUGUUGACGGAGCCUCGGCGGGGCUCGGCUGUCCUGUCAGCGGGCGUGGCCUGCGUCUCUCUGCUGGUCGACCCUCAGCAGCAGCAGUUAGCUCUGCAGCUCCUGGACAGCUUCGUCAGCAGAGGACGAGAGGUUUUGAAGCAGGUGAUCCUGGAGGACAGCAGCUCUUCAGUGGACGUUUGGACUGAUGUGGCGUCUCUUUGCUCCGAGCUAAACCGUUCUGACCUGAGUCAGGCCGUCCUGUCCGUCCUGCUGGACCAGAGCGGGACCAGAGUCCUGACCCCCGACCUGGAGGGAGCUCGACUCAUGGAACACGUCUUCCUGUGA